AUGCAAGGGCUUGCGUCCCUAAAGGACAUGUCUUACUUUGUAGUUCUUACUGCGUUCUUAUAUAUCAGUUAUUACACAACACGGACCCUGGGGGAAAGCCACGGUAGCAUUCAAUCUACAUUUUUUACUACACCAGGAGAAUUCAAGAUAGGAGGUUUAUUUUCCGUUCAUGAAAGAGUAAAACUCAUCGAGAAUAAAAGAAAGAAUGAAAUCUCGGUGUGUCAAAGGUAAGCGUUUGAAAUUAUUAUUUUUUUUGCCUGCCGUAGAAAUAUAAUAUUUCAUUAGCAUGUCACAAACAGUUCUUAUAAAAUGAAAACAUGGUUUUUAAUUUUUUCAAAAUAUUAUUUAAUAGGAUAUUGUUUAAUAGGAUAAAAGGAAUGAUUUAAUUUCUAUGAACUGGAAUAACACGUGACAUUAUCAAGGAAAUCAAAGCAAACUGCUAGUAUGUUAGCACAGAAUUAGAACAUUAUAACUUCUUGUUUCUGACACCUUCUAUCAGUAUAUUUAGUAGGGUUUAUGUAGAACGACAAAGGGGAAUUGUAAAAUUUAGGCCAGAAUAAUGAAGGUAUAAAAAGCUUCCAACUUGGCUAUUUUUGACUAAAAUGUGCAAUUCCGUUGACAAAUUUCCACAUUUCCUAGUUUAGAGAAAAAAAAUGGAUUUUGUUAGCCUAGAAAAAUAACACAAGAAAAACCCUACAGGCGUUUGCCAUCACUUUGUGUGUCCUACAUCUUUCUUCUGCCCUUUCCACACAUCAUUUGAUGUUUCAGCAUUUUCUUCUUCUAAAAGUAUUUCUUAACGUCAGUUUUGCUGCCUUGUCUUCAGUUCCGAACUUUUUUAACCUCUGGUACUCUUUAACCUCUCUUUCCCUAUCCAUGCAUUUCUUUCUGAUACAUUUUACACAUUGUGUCUCAUUUUAUUCCUCUUUGCUACACACUAUACGCAUUCUCUGCCAUUUUCUUCCUCUUUGACACACACUACACACUUUCUAUACUUUUCUUCAUCUUAGCGAUGUGUUACACAUUCUGUAUAGCAAAAGCUGUCUUGCUGCUCAACGUUAAAAAGACUAAGAUCAUGGCAAACAGCAAUCUCAGUUCCUGGCAUAAAUGGGGAAGAAGUGGAGGCAGUGACAGAUUGUAUUUUCCUGGGAUCCAAGAUCUCUUCAGAUGUUGACUGUAGUCAUGAAAUUAAAAGACGUUUGCUUCUGGGGAGGAAAGCUAUGGCAAGCUUGGACAAGCUGGUAAAAACUAAAGAUAUUACACUAUCAACAAAGGUCCGCAUAGUCAGAACUAUGGUAUUCCCAGUAGUAACAUACGGAUGUGAGAGCUGGACUACAAAGAAGGCUGAGCGUCGUAGAAUUUAUGCCUUUGAACUGUGGUGUUGGUGAAAACUGCUUAGAAUUCCUUGGAUUGCAAGAAAAUCCAAUAAAUCUGUACUACAGGAAAUAAAGACAAACUGUUCACUGGAAGCUAUGAUCAUGAGGCUGAAGCUCAAAUAUUUUGGCCAUAUAAUGAGAAGGCAGGAUUCUCUAGAGAAGACUCUGAUGCUGGGAAAGAUUGAAGGCACAUGAAGAAGGGGACGACAGAGACGGAGAUGGAUAGAUGAGGUCACUGAAGCCACAAACAUUAAUUUGUUGGAGCUCAGAGGGGCAGUGAUUGACAGAUGUACCUGGCAUGCUAUGGUCCAUAUGGUCACGGAAAGUCGGACAUGACUGAACGACUAUACAACAACUUCCUUUCUCUACGCUUUUCUUCUUCUUUCCCAUAUGCUAUAUCAUUCUCUGUCCUUGUCUUCCUCUUUGCUACUAACUACAUGCUUUCUUGUUUUAUCUACUUUACACACCUUCUUUAACACCUGUUUCUCUCUGUAAUCAGCUCUAGACUUUAUUUCUUUUCAGUUGAACUCUACAAAUGCUACUCUCCUUGUCUACAUCUUUCAUACUUUUUCCUUACUUUACUCUCUGUCUAUAUUACUUUCAGGAAAAGGUCCUUGCCCUGCUUCCCUUUCUGCUACAUAUUGCACUUUUCUUGCCAUUCUUUUUUUUUUUUUAUAUAUUUUUUUAUUGAGUUUCCAAGUCAAAAAAGUACAAUAAUGGAGUACAGUAUUACAAGAGUAGCAAAUUAACACAAAAUAUGUAUCGGUUGACAUUGUGACAAUGUGACAUAUAUAAAAGGAAUGAUAGAAAGAGGAUUAAACAUAAUAAAAACACUUUGUGGUUUCACAAUUAUUAUAUUGGAAUUACUAAAAUGCACAAUGCAAGGAAGACUAAAUGUAGUUACUAUAGUUUUCACGUUUGGACAAGGGUUCAUACGUUUUUUCAGUAUUGUAUUGCUUUUAAGGGUGCCGUUUGCCAAGGUGUGAAGUAAAGAGGUACCUUAAUAAUUAAACUUUCAAAUUGUAACCAUUGUUUACAUAUAUCUGUUCUAGAUCACAUAGAGAUGUGAGAUGGCAUUACUACUAUAUGGUAAGGAUACAAAUUAGGCAGUUUAAAGUCCCCCUUUUUUCUUGCACUACAAUGGGUGGAAUAGCUGUGGUGUGGCUGUUUAUUUGCCCAUAUACAUUUAGUAAUGUAAUAUUUUACAAUGAAUACAUCAUGUAUCGCUGUGAUAUAAGAUGUAUUUAAUGCAUUUGGGGUGAUGUUAAAGUGGCUUCUUUCAGAAAUUUUGGGUCCCCUUAGCUCAAGGCCUGGGCCCCCAGUGGUAGCCCUGGAGUCUGAACCACAAGGCCCACCCAUGAGUCCACCUACAGGGGUCACCCAUUUGUUUGUUUACAGGGAGUUGACUUGUGUUUUAUUAUAGAGGAUGCAAUGUAUGUGUGCUUAUGGAAUGUAGUGUGUAGGGAUAUCAGUUUGUGUAGGGGAUGUAGGGUAGUGCGUGUAUAGGGGAUGCAGUAUGUGUCUGUGUAAGGGAGUAAGUGUGUGCAUAUACUGGAUGCAGUGUGUAUAUGAACAGGGGAUGCAGUGUGUGUCUGUGUAAGGGAGUAAAUGUGUGCAUUUUCUGGAUGCAGUAUGUGUCUGUGUAAGGUAUAGAAAGUAGUGUGUGUGUUUGUGCAUAAGGGAAGUAUUGUGUGUCUGAGUGUAUGUGUAAGAGAUGCAUUAUAGGCCUCUUUGUGUGUGAGUUAUGCAGUGUGUGUGUGUGUUUAAGGGAUGCAGAUUUUGGGUAAGGAACGCAGGGUGUGUGUAAUGCAUUGCAUGUAUGUGUGUGUGUGUGUGAGGUGGUUAUGUUUGUGUGUGUCUGUGUGUGUACGAGAUGCAUCGUGUUUCUGUAUGUGUAAGAGAUGCAGUGUGUUUCUGUGUGUGUGUGUCACGUAUUCAUCCGCUUAUAGAAAUGUGGUUAAUGACAUUUACUGUCCACACAGGAAAAGUUGUGCCGAACAGCAACCUAAUCCACAGAAGGGUUAAUGCUGAGCAGCAAUUAUGCAAAUGAAACCUGGUAACAGACUUUGGGGUCAAAGGCCGGUUACAGCCUAUCAGAACUAAAGGAGGGGUAUUUAGGCCCAGUUCUCAGCCUGCUCAGUGCCCUGUCGUGGUUUCCCUUGUGGUUGUCUGAGAGCGCGUUCCUGUUUAUAGUUUUCUACCUGGUUUUUGACUUUGGCUUUGUUUAUUGACUUCUCUAUAUUCUGGUAUCCUGACUCCUGGCUUUCCUCAUCGCUGUGUCCCUUUCUGUGUUCCCUGACCUCGGCUAGUAUUUUGACUAUUCUUUGUACGUUAAAUCCGGCCAUUCUAAGGACCGGUAAUACGUUACUUAUUUGUCAUCCAUGCUGUACAGUUCUACGUGCUGGAUCAAACAGUAAUCCUGACAGUGUGUGUGUGUAAGUAAUACACUGUGUGCUUCUGUGUAUGUGUGUAAGGGAUGCAUUGCUUGAGUGAAAGGGAUGCAUUGUAUGUGUGUGUGUAACAGAUAUAUAACAGAUAUGGUGUGUAUAUGGGAUGCAUUCUGUUUCUGUGUGUGUGUGUGUGUGUGUGUGUGUGUGUGUGUGUGUGUGUGUAAAGGAUGCAUUGUAUGUGUGUAAGUGAUGGAUUGUGUGUUUUCUGUGUAUGUGUGUAAGGGAUGCACUGUGCGUGUAAGGGAUGCAUUGUGUGUGUGUCUGUGUGUGUUAUGGAUGCAUUGUGUGUUUGUGUAUGUGUGUGGUGUGAGAGAAUGUUUGUGGGGGUAGGAUGGGGGGCUAAGAGGGGUGCAGCUUUUUAUUUUUGUUACUAUAUUUAUUUAGUAGAAAGCCCCCUAAAAAGUGAACUAUAUAAAAGUAAAUACAUUAAUUAUUUUUGGCAAAAAUGUCCAAACUGGAGAGUUAUCCAAUUCCAAUAUGUGUGCAGGUUAACUAUUGUCGCCUAAAAAAUUAGAUUCCCUGGUCAUCUCCCAACUAGUCACAGUUUAGUGAAUAACCUUGCCUUUCUCUCUCAUUCUUUUUUUCUCUCUAGCGUUAAUCUAUAUGAAUUUACUGGGCUACUUGCCAUGAAAUUUGCCGUGGAUGAAAUAAAUAACUCCAGCAGUCUCCUGCCUUGCACCAGACUUGGAUAUGAGAUUUAUGAUAUCUGUAGCACUCCCGUGGUGGCCGUACAAGGAGCUUUGAGGUUUUUGAGUGAAAGAAAUGGGUCAACGCUUCAAGUUCUUUGCAAUUAUAUGAAUUACAGUACACGGGUAAUUGCUGUUAUUGGCCCGUCAACCUCAGAGAUGGUUGUGUCUACUGGAAAGUUGUUUAGCUACUUCUAUCUCCCUCAGGUAUUGCAUGAUAUUAAUUUACAUUAAUCAUACCUCAUUUUUUAAAUUAUAAACCUACAACAUGCCCUGUCUUGCUGUAAUUGUAUUUAGACAAAAUAAAUAAGAUGAAGGAAAGCGAACAGGUCAGCGCUAUCGCACCACAAAAAACUAAAGAGAGAUUGUCUCUCUGUAUGUAAAACACCAGGAGUAAUAAAUAAACAUAUGUUUACUCACAUUUUGUACAGCAGGCAAACUGCUCAAUGAAUAAUGUGUGAGUUGUAUGAUACCCAACUGGGAUUCUUUUGAGAAGUCCUCUCUGAAACAGAUUAACAUUAAAUGCGAGGCAGUAAAAAUAAUAUAAUGCCACAAUAGCAGCACUAUUAAAGGAAUGUGCCACAUUUGCACUUUAAAGUAGCCAAAAUACUUUUAUUAAAUUAAUGUGAAAUAUCCCCAACGUGUUUCACCACACAGGGCUUUAUCAAGUGGAGACAAACAUAUGGCCUGGCAGGCAAGACUUUUAAUAGGAAAAAACAAACAUGACCGUUUCAAAAGUGGCACCAAAAUGACGUCAUAAACAUGUGACACCAUUAGGAAAUUUUAGUUUGUAUAAAAGACAAAUAUAUAUAUAUAAAAGCGGAUCAGGUGUCGCGCGACCUCGAUGCGGGGUGACGUGACCUCAAAAAAAUGCAAAAACCUGUUAUGGAGUCAAAUAUGUCAAACUUAAAUGUAUGGGUACAUAAUUUAUUACUGAUAUCUAUUUUUUUCAGAUAAGCUUUGAGGUUUCUAGUGAAAAAUUCAAUGACAAGGCCACAUUCCGGUCAUUUUUCCGAACUGUCCCAAGUGACUUCCUUUUUGCUAAAGGGAUCGUCAAGCUCAUGAAGGAAUUCCAGUGGAACUGGAUAGCAUUAGUGGGAAGCAGUGAUGAUUAUGGAAUUCAAGGAACUUUAGAAUUUGCAAACCAAGCAUUCAAGAAUAGUAUCUGCAUCGCCUACCAAGCAUAUAUUCCUAAGGACACAAAUGAUUCUGCUAUCAAUAGAUCACUGCAUGAAAUUAUUUUAGGAAUAAAACAGAGUAAAGUUAAUGUCACUGUGAUGAUCACUUCUCUACAUGAAACUCAAAUUUUUCUAAAUAAUGCAAUAGAAUGCCAAUUGAAAAUGGUUUGGAUUGCCAGCACCAGUUGGUCUCUCUCACAAACCAUUCAACAGCUGCCUGGAAUUCAGAAUAUUGGCACAUUCAUUGGCUUUGCUGUAAAGAGUAACAUUUUACCAGGAUUUGAUGACUAUGUCCACAACCAGUUAUCCUUGAUACAACAAGGGAGCCUUCUUCGGAAUGCCACGUCACCCAAGCAAAACAUUGGCCAACAAGUUCUGUCUGAGGUCCCAGAUCUACAGGAAAAAUGCAAUUUAUUGUCUCCAGAAAAUAUCACGGAGAUAUUAGCUGCUGAUUCAUUAAAUCUUGCUUACAGGGUUUAUGUUGCGGUAUAUUCAAUAGGCAAUGCUCUGCACUAUAUUCUGAAUGGUUCUGAUUCUAACUGCUCUAAUAGUGCAUCUAAAAUAUUUCCACAUCAAGUAAGUAUCCAUUUAUCUAUGGACUUCAGGCUAUACGUAGUUUUCUUUUUUCAAAGAAAACUAGGUAUGACUGAUUAACUUGUACAAUCUGAUACAUUGCUACUAAAUCUGCAUGUUUUUUUUUUAUUUGUAAAAAAGUUUUAACAAAUAAUUUUGACACAAAGUACAAAAAACUCAAUAACAAACAAUUUUUUCCCCUUUUUUCACAAUAAUACUAGAUUGACACAUAAUACAUACAAUACAAUAUUCAACCUAUCUUUUCCCAAUAAAGUAUUAUACUGUUAAUACAGUGUACGGGUUAAAAACUAAGACACAACCUCCGUCUCUGCGAGUGGUCCUCUUCCCCUCUCCAAUUUCCCCAUUUUGUCCUACAAUCGUCAUGGUCUCCAACUCCCCACAUUGGUCACCAUUUAUCCCCAUAACGGAGGGGAGAUCAGAUUUUACGGUUUCCCCAUCUUCUAUCCUACUCGUGAGUACACUAUAUUUACCUGAGGGGUGAGGCGUUAUAAGGAGAACCGUGGAAAAAUAUCCGGGGUCAAGAGGACAACCCCCUUAAAUGCAAUAAAUGCCCAUACAUUUACAACCAUGCGCAUACCACAUUCGUUGUUCCGAGAUUCUGUGGGAAGGGGAGCCGACGAAGGAAAGGAAUCUAUGAGGAGUUUUGCCCACGGGUCAAACAAUAGUCAUCCCAAAGUGCCCAUCUAUACUUUAAAACGUUAAAAACACCUAAGUGUUCAUCCUCUCUUUCUAGUGUUCUAUUUCUCUGCAUGACACUCUCCACCUCUGACCACUUUGGCAACCUUUCUCCUUUCCAGUUAACUGCAAUCAACCAUUUCGCUAUGGAUAAAAUAUGUAGCAAAAGAGAUUUUAGUUCUUUUGUGAAAUGAUUAGGAAAUAAAUGAAAGAGAAUCAGUUCUGGAGUAAGCUUAAUGCUUUCCCCUAAAAUUCGAGAUGUCCCAAGUUGUACCUCCUUCCAAUAAGUUUAAAUGUGGGGACAAAGCCACCACAUAUGUAUUGCUGAGCCAAUUUGAUUACAGUUUCUCCAGCACAUUUUAUAUGAAUCAAUUCUCUUUGUUUUCCAAAGCUUAAUCGGCGUUACAUACCAUAUAUGUAAGAUUUUAAAACACGUCUCCCUAUAAGAGACAUAUUUAAUUAAUUUAUCUGUUAGUAUGAAAGCUCCCGAAAUUUCCAUGGGCCAAGAUUGAUUAAGUUCUUCUUCCCAAAUUCUUAUAUUUGAAGAUUUAGUAUCCAAAUUCCUGUCUCUCAAAAGGCUAAAACAUUUUAAUAACAAGUGCUUUUUGUUUGUUGAACAUAUUAUGUUUUCACAAGUUGUCAAUCAUCUAAUCUCCUUUAAAUGAUAACUAAAUGAUGAGAUCCUAGAUUUCAAUGUAUUAUAUUCCAACCACCAGCCAGUUGGAAUUUUAAAAUUGGAGUGCAAAUAAUCAAAUGAAAGGAAUUUAUUGUUAACAUACAAAUCCCUUAGAUAUCUACAUCCCAAUUUUGAUAGCAAAUCAAGCAAAGGAGAAUGAAUCUUUUCCUGAAGCCAUGAGAUAAGUGUGAUCGGGCUUGGGAAUGGAACCAGGGAGUAUUUAUGAUUCAGAUUCAACCAGCUUUUAAGACUAUAUCAUACUAUUGAGGCUUUGCUAUACACUAGACCACUGGAUAGUUCAUCUCGAAAUAGGAUUGAGUUCAGAUGCGUUUGUUUAAAAAACCAACUUCUAUCGAUGCCCAAUUAUAAUUUUUUCCCUCUUCCUCCCAUCUCAGCAUAUGUGAUAUUUCUUAAUGUCAGGGUAUGCUAUCCCCCCAAUUUUUUUUAACCAUGAUAGGUUUCUUAAUUUGCAUUCUUUUAUUCUGGUGGAUAAAUACAUCAAUUCCCCUGUGUAACUUAUUGAGCAAAUAUAUGGGACACUGCCAGGUUAUACAGCGCAUGACAUAAGUAAUCUUAGGUAAUAUUGUCAUCUUAAUCGCUGCUAUUCUUCCUGACCAAGAAAUAUUAAGAUUUUUCCAAGUGGCCAGAACUUCCAUUAUAUUAGAAUAAAUGAUUUGGUAAUUGACUGUCAUUGUUCUUUUCAUUUCAGAGAACAGUUUUAUACCUAGGUGAGUUAUUGAGUGUUGCCAAUUAAAUGGAUAUAAUCGUGUUAGAGAGUUUUUCUCAAACUGUCCCAUAUUAAAAGUCACAGCUUCAGAUUUCUUUACAUUUAAUUUAUAAUUGGAAAUUUCACCGUAAUCUACUAUAAUUUCUUGAAGAGAUUUUAGGGAUUUUUCCGGUUUUUCUAUCGUAAUUAUUACAUCAUCCGCAUAAAGGGAGAUUGCAUGAAACUUUUGAUUUACUUCGAACCCCGUUAUAUCUACAGAUUCCCUUAUUGUAGUCGCCAGUGGUUCUAUAAUUAAAGCAAAGACUAAUGGGGAUAAUGGACAACCUUGCCUAGUGCCAUUUGAAAUGACAAACUUUCCUGAGCGAAAGUUUUGGCCGAUCACGCAAGCAGUUGGGGAAAUGUAUAAAGCGGCUAUUGCCUUAGAGGCAAAUUCACCUAAGCCAUAUCUGGACAGGGUGAUGAACAUAAAGUCCCAAUCUACCCUAAAUCUGCAUGUUGAUGCAACCUAAAAAAGUGUUAUGUUGACUUAAAAUUGACAAACCAUGGGCUCAGGUGUAUCCCUAAAUGUACAGUAAAACUGAAAGUUAAUUAAGAGUGGUCAGGACCUCUCUGUAGUAACUGACUUAUUUAACUAUGGCCCAUAGCACAUAUUCACAUGUAAAAUUUAUACCCCAACUGUGCCAGGUGCCUUGCUGACCUUUUCUGAGAUACCCAUCAUAAAGCACGGGCUCCAUGGUUUUAGAAAGUGGUACCUGACUAUAUCUCUCUGACCCGAUGGAAUGAAAGUUUGCAUUUUAUGUUAACAUUGUUUCGGUCCGAUAGCUCUUGUUACAUGUAAAACUUUGCUGCUAUACUACUUGUGUUACAUCCUCAAUUGUAUUUUAUGUGCAGCAAUAAAUAAAGAAUUUUUAAAAAAAUGGCAAACCAUGGAAAUGAUAUGGUGAAAAUAUGUAGCUGUUUAUUGACAUUUAAAUGGGCCUGCCAAAUAACAGGUUUCACGCUUUGCUGGAAUUGAUUUUUAUUUAACAUUGAAUCAAUAUAUAUAUAUAUAUAUUAGGGGCAUAGUAACACUAUUGCUCUAAUUUUCUCUGUCACUUUGUCACCACCCUAAAGUUAGCAGUGCCUCACAGUUCUUUAAAAUAAAAAGAUCUAACCAUUUUUUCCGAAACUAGCCUGGGACAGUGAUUAUCAAUAUUCAUUAGCAGGUGAUUUUCUGAGGGAGAGGGGUGGAUGGCAGGAGCUGGUGUCCUGAAUGUGGUUCUAAAACUCCCUGUGUCUAAUUAUGGCACCAUUCCAUAAGCUCCCAAAUCCCCAGUCAUACUGAGAGAGAAAUAAUGCCUCCAAUUAUAUAAUUUGUAACAUUCCCACUUUAAUGCAUUAUAUGCGAGUGUAAGGUUUUAAUGUAGUCAUUAAUAUACCAUGGCUUGGAGUUAAAGAGACACUCCACAGCCCAAACACAAAUUUUUUAAAAAAAAUAUCUUGGUUUAGUAUAGAUACUCCCAAUUAAAACUUGCAUGCAUUUAAUUAUGCAUUUUUUUAUUGGGGAUAUAUCUAAAAACAGCUUGCAAAAACAGUAUAUCUCUUGACUGGAGACUUUGCAAGCUCUCCCCUUCUAACCCCCUCCCCCCAGACUUUCUAUGGCUGUCCAAUCACAGACUUCCCAAUGCUUUAGAUUUAUUUUAAAGCAUUUUUUGGGAAAGUAGGAUUGGCCAUAAUUAAAGAAAAUUAAAUGAACACUAUAGGGUCAGGAACACAAGCAUGUAUUCCUGACCCUAUAGUGUUUAACCAACAAUUUAGGUGGCUUGACCCCCCCUUAGCUCUCUUAAAAGCAAUUAGAACUCACCUUAUUUCCAGCGGCGCGCUGGUCCGCCGACACUAGCUCUGCCCCUUGGUGAAAUGAUCCGAAUUGCCCAUUUUUAGCCUAUGCUAUGCUUUUCCACAAGGUAGGAACUAUGCAGCAUUGAGCCAGGAAGCACCUCCAGUGGCCAUCUGAGGAGUGGCCACUUGGAGUUGUCCCUAGGGGCAAUGUAAAAAUGCCUAAAGGGAAUGGUUAUAUUUACCAGAACACCUACAUUAAGCUGUAGUUGUUCUGGUUACUAUGGUGUCCCUUUAAAAGUUAAAUUUCAGAUGAUAUACAGUAGAUAGAAUGAGAACAGAAGGGAUGUUUAGUGUAGAGAUAAUAUGGUUCUGUAUCUCCCAAGCGUCCUCCUCCUGUUGGUACAAUAGUUGAAAUUAAUAAUUUGGUACAGUAGUUCCUACUUUGUAGACGAGUGGUUGGCAGUUUGAUGAUAUAAUAAACAGAUUAACCUUAUAUAGAUAUUUAUGUCCCUUUAGCUUCUAAAGAAAAUACAGACUCAGAGCUUCAAUUUGAACGGUGAGUCUUUCAGCUUUGACCCGUAUGGAAAUCCAAAUACUGGCUAUGAUAUCGUGACUUGGAGAUUCAGUGGAAGAAGCUCUUUUCUUAUUGUAGGAGACUUCCAACAGCAGCUCAACAUCAGAAGGUCGAUGAUUGGAUGGUAUAGCACUAAGGUAAUGGUUUUUCACAAAGUAAGGAACACCUUCUUCAAAAUGGUUCAAAAAUGACAAAUCUAUUAAUUUGCAUGCAUUCCCCAUAAAUAGUUAUAAACAGUAUGGUUAAUUUCAAACCAAACUAAUUUUUCUAACAGAAUUUGGAAUGACAAGCUUUUUUUUAAGUCUAAAGCUACUCUGAUUAUUUGACAUCUUCAUCACUGGAUUAAUAUGACUAUAUCAAUGGACACUCAUAGUAGCUACAUAAACACUACAGCCCAUUGUAGUUGUUAUGGAACCAGGAAUCCCUUGGCACCAUCCAUAGCAUCAGUUCCAAACUAUUUGUGAAUAUUUUGCCACUUACCUGAUUUACUUGGGGUCCGUGUGCCUGCCUUCUUAAUACAGCUAAAGUGGAAGUUCUCAUGCUUUAGCUACAUCAAGAGGAUUGAAGAGACUUUGGGUGCCGAGAAAAAGUCAAAAUCCUACUAGGGUAUGGAGCCAGGGGACUUCUGGGACCAUACUUCAGACUGUAGUCAUGAUUGUGCUUAAAAUGCCCCUUAAAUAGACAUACUAUGUAAGUAGAUGCAUAGAUACACGAUUGAUACAUGAAGUGACCAUUCACAGAUAACCCAUGAAAAUAUAAAUUUAAUCCAGUUAAAUUUAAAGUUUGCUGAAGAAAUAAAUGAAAGGACUUUUAAGGCACAUACAUUUUGUUUCAUAAACAACCAUAUUGUAUAUAUAAAUACUAAACGUAUGCAUUUGAUUCCAACAAUUGGCAAUUCAUCCACAUUUUGGACAAUUGGCAGGUUGUUCGAAUAGUGUAACACCGAUAUGCCACGUAUGCUUGUUUGCUUUGUGAUUCAGUGUUACAUUCAUGGCAACCAAGAUAAAGAUGAUUAAUGGUUAGUAUACUAAAUCAUAUCAAAUAAAUACAUAAUGAAAUAAAACAGGGAUCCGCCUCACCGAAUGCUUAAAAACACACAUCUGAAUGUUCAAAAAUAACCGAACGCUCAAAAUCAUGUAUAUUGACAGAAAGUGCACUGAAUUUGAAUGUUAAUAUUAGUUUCAUUAAAAGGGUGCAAAAACAAGCCUAUCACUAUACUGUAAAAUAUAAACAUAUCAUUAUUACGUACAUAUUGUACUGUAUAGUAAUAGGCAAAUUUCUUUGUGCGUUUUUGUCAGUUUUUUCCUUAAUCGUUUGCUUGAACAUCAUACAGCGUUAGCGCAAUUUGGCAGAUCAAAUACAUUUUUUUCUUCUGACAAAAUUAUUUGGUCCAACCAAUUUUUUCUGCUGUGAGUAAGUCUAGUAAAUACUAUUUUAUAUUUUUAACAAGACACUACUGUAUUUCACUUUCUCCACAAGAGGGCGAUACACUUCAAAAUAUUGGAUUUUUUAUUUAUUUUUUGCAUUUUUCUUGUUUUGUAAGUUCAGAUCGACAUUAUCAAUAUUUAUUAAUAUUUUAUUUCAAAUGCAAAUAUUAUUUAUAUAUGGUCAGCAGAGAUAUUGAGGUUCCUGCUUGGAAGAGAUCACAAUCUAAUAUGUGAACAUCUGAAUGUGACCAUUUGUCCAACAGGAAAUUCCAACUAUGUUUAUUUGUCAAUCAGACCAUAGAUGAGAUUACUAGAAGUUUCUAUUGACAGGAGUACUCGUGGCAAAUCUAUGAUACACAGAAACAUGUCAAGUGAUACAAACAAGGUACACCUCUUUUUGGGAGGGUUGUGUUUAUAAGAAAAUGCUACAGUGAAUAAAUAUCAGCAGCUCUAUACACUUGUGUGAAAUACCCUCUCAUCCACACCAAAAAUUUACAAUCUAUAAAGUGGUACUAGCAAUACACUUACACCUGAAGUGGAGAGCUAAAAUAUAGUAUGUGAAUGGUAUAAACGUACCCUACAUUACCAAAUAAAAUCUUUGACUUGUGGUACAUAUAAAAGAUAAAAAUAAAUACAAUAUAGUGCAGAUGGUAUAGCACAAUCUGAUAAAAUAUGCCAGAGAAAAAGGAACAAUCACAUUUAACCCCUUAACGCCAUUACAGCAUUCUAUGCUGUCCUGCAUUAAAUGGGCUUUAACCCCUUAAGGACACAUGCCAUGUGUGACAUGUCAUGAUUCCCUUUUAUUCCAGAAGUUUGGACCUUAAGGGGUUAAAGCCGUUGUAGCGGCAUAGAACGCCGUAAUGGCUUUCAGCCCCAGGAGCUAGGAGGUACUUACCUCUGCCGCGAUCCUCUUUGGGAGGACUGCCUGACAACCCAGACAGCCCUCCCCCGGCAAAUCAGGCCCCCGGGGGCCAUGUGAUCGCUCUCAAAGAGUGAUCACAUGGCCCCCUAUAGCUGGCUGUGGAUCUGCCAGCAGGGGGACUGUCUGGGCUGUCAGACAGUCCCCCUGCUGGUGGGAAGAAGUUCUUGUUUGUGGCUACUACAAAAGACUGGACAUACCCCACUUGCAAUACCUUGGGUAGUCUACUUUUGCAAAUGGUAUGCCAUCAUGGGGGUAAAUCUUAUUCCUGGGCUAUCACACGGUCUCAAAGGUAACGUUACUAAUCUGGCAAAUUUCAAUGUGAAAAAACAAAAAAAUUUGCUAUAUUUGACCCUUUAACUUUUCAAAACACCGUAAAAACUGUUAAUGGGGGCUACUGUUGUAAUCGUGAGACUUUGCUGAAUCCAAAUAUGUGGGGGUUUUUUUGCAGUAAAAGCUAACAGUAUUAUGACAUUUACAGUUAAAAUGUGAGGCGGAACCACAAAUUUUGAAAACAUUUUUACAUUUCUCACAGUUUUUUUUAUUUUAUUCACAAUAAAUUAUGUUUCAUAUAUAAAUAUUUGAUAUGAAAUGAAAGCCCCAUAGCUCUUGAACAAACUGAUAUAUUAUAAGUGUGGGUGCACUUAAUAUGAAAGAGGUGAAUUAUGGUUGAACAGACAUAUAGCACAAAUUCCAGUUUUUGUUUACAUUUUGUUUUGAUCAGAACGUGUACUAUUGACUCCGUCCUGAAGGGGUUAAAGGAGCCCUUUAUGUGAAUAUUGGCUCCGUAACUGGGCUUUUAUGCUUUUAGGGCAGCAUCACACCUCUCGUUCACUUUGUAGUUCUCUCAAAGAAAAUACAAAGAAUGGAAGAGAACCAAUGUGCAGUCUGUCAGUUCUAACAGAUAAAAAGGUGAAAAAGGUAUAGUGCUCACCUUUUUCACAGCCUUACAAUCCUGGCUCUGAGGUAUAGUAGUGUUGUGCCAAUUUUGUGGGGGUGGCACAACCCCUGUGAAGAUUCAGGAGGCUCCAAGGACUUUAAAAUGUAUAUUUAAAUUUAUUUUUCAAUUUAAUAUAAAACAUAUAAAUAAAAAAUAAAAAUAACAAUAAAAUAUAAAAGUCCUGAAUGGCCAAAACGCUUUUUACUCCCAUAGAGCUUCUUCAGUUGGUUGUGAGUGUGGUCCUUGGAAUCUUGGGUCACAUGUCUUGAUAAUUGUCCAAUACUGAAGUGUUUCAGGUUCCUUUAAUUGUCCCUAUGUUACCUGCAGCUGUGGUGUUCUGCAGGUGUAAUGUCCGAAUUUGGCGCCUUUUGUGUAACUAAAUUUCAUUGGUGGUUGGUGGUGGUUGGCGGAAAUGACUUUGUAUGCCUUUCGUGGUUGGCAGAAGUUACGUCACAGGUAGCCGUGAACGUCACCUGGGCGGUGAUAGGUAUACAUAAACAUACUGACUGAAGCAGGCUAACACACAUUCUCUGACAUACCUUACCUUCAUUGCUGUUCAUUCCCUGCGCCUGGAUGCCCUUUCUCUGCACAUUUCCUCCUUUCUCUGCACAUUAUGCUCUCACCCCAUGGGUGUAGGAACCCCAAAAAAUCUGGGGGGCAUAGCAUUUUUACUCGCCGGGUAUAUUCUUAUUCCGUAAACUAUGAGUUGUUUAUCCCAUUGCACAGCGCUAAGGAAUUUGCAGUUGCCAAAUAAAUGAUUAAAUAAUAACUUUAAAGGGUCACUACAGGGAAGGGAUUUUACUUACCUGGAUACAGCGCCUGGAUCCUCCUGAUGCUGCGCCCCCUAUUUGGUCAAAAUAACGAAAUAGGAGGGUGCGAGCAGGGAGCAAUAAAACGCUUCUAUUCAGAAGCGUCAUUGCUCUCUGGUGCGCAUGCGCAGCUUUGCCACACUUGCGCAGAUACUUCAUAGGGCAGCAUUCAUGUCUCGACUAGGAAGCACCUCUAGUGGCCAUCUGAGUGUCCACUGGAGGUAUUCCUCAUCACUAAUGUAAAUACUGCCUUUUUACAAAAUGGCUGUGUUUACAUUAAAAAGCCUGCAAAGACAUGCUAUAGACACCAGAACUACUACAUUGAGGUCCCUUGAAUAUAGAGAGGAAAAAAGAAUCAUCACAAAUGUAAGAAAUAAAUUGUCUGUAUCAUUAUUCUAAAAAUUCCUAGCUUAAUUUUUAGCACGACAUACAGGGAGUGCAGAAUUAUUAGGCAAGUUGUAUUUUUGAGGAUUAAUUUUAUUAUUGAACAACAACCAUGUUCUCAAUGAACCCAAAAAACUCAUUAAUAUCAAAGCUGAAUAUUUUUGGAAGUAGUUUUUAGUUUGUUUUUAGUUAUAGCUAUGUUAGGGGGAUAUCUGUGUGUGCAGGUGACUAUUACUGUGCAUAAUUAUUAGGCAACUUAACAAAAAACAAAUAUAUACCCAUUUCAAUUAUUUAUUAUUACCAGUGAAACCAAUAUAACAUCUCAACAUUCACAAAUAUACAUUUCUGACAUUCAAAAACAAAACAAAAACAAAUCAGUGACCAAUAUAGCCACCUUUCUUUGCAAGGACACUCAAAAGCCUGCCAUCCAUGGAUUCUGUCAGUGUUUUGAUCUGUUCACCAUCAACAUUGCGUGCAGCAGCAACCACAGCCUCCCAGACACUGUUCAGAGAGGUGUACUGUUUUCCCUCCUUGUAAAUCUCACAUUUGAUGAUGGACCACAGGUUCUCAAUGGGGUUCAGAUCAGGUGAACAAGGAGGCCAUGUCAUUAGAUUUUCUUCUUUUAUACCCUUUCUUGCCAGCCACGCUGUGGAGUACUUGGACGCGUGUGAUGGAGCAUUGUCCUGCAUGAAAAUCAUGUUUUUAUUGAAGGAUGCAGACUUCUUCCUGUACCACUGCUUGAAGAAGGUGUCUUCCAGGAACUGGCAGUAGGACUGGGAGUUGAGCUUGACUCCAUCCUCAACCCGAAAAGGCCCCACAAGCUCAUCUUUGAUGAUACCAGCCCAAACCAGUACUCCACCUCCACCUUGCUGGCGUCUGAGUCGGACUGGAGCUCUCUGCCCUUUACCAAUCCAGCCACGGGCCCAUCCAUCUGGCCCAUCAAGACUCACUCUCAUUUCAUCAGUCCAUAAAACCUUAGAAAAAUCAGUCUUGAGAUAUUUCUUGGCCCAGUCUUGACGUUUCAGCUUGUGUGUCUUGUUCAGUGGUGGUCGUCUUUCAGCCUUUCUUUCCUUGGCCAUGUCUCUGAGUAUUGCACACCUUGUGCUUUUGGGCACUCCAGUGAUGUUGCAGCUCUGAAAUAUGGCCAAACUGGUGGCAAGUGGCAUCGUGGCAGCUGCACGCUUGACUUUUCUCAGUUCAUGGGCAGUUAUUUUGCGCCUUGGUUUUUCCACACGCUUCUUGCGACCCUGUUGACUAUUUUGAAUGAAACGCUUGAUUGUUCGAUGAUCACGCUUCAGAAGCUUUGCAAUUUUAAGAGUGCUGCAUCCCUCUGCAAGAUAUCUCACUAUUUUUGACUUUUCUGAGCCUGUCAAGUCCUUCUUUUGACCCAUUUUGCCAAAGGAAAGGAAGUUGCCUAAUAAUUAUGCACACCUGAUAUAGGGUGUUGAUGUCAUUAGACCACACCCCUUCUCAUUACAGAGAUGCACAUCACCUAAUAUGCUUAAUUGGUAGUAGGCUUUCGAGCCUAUACAGCUUGGAGUAAGACAACAUGCAUAAAGAGGAUGAUGUGGUCAAAAUACUCAUUUGCCUAAUAAUUCUGCACUCCCUGUAUGACACAAACAUUUUGUACUUUGCAGAUUACUUUUUAUAUUUUUUUAUACAUAUACAGAUUGUGUAAUACUGCCCCUGACUUAGGGUGACCACAUUUCCUAACUGCCAUUCAGUGACACUUUCAGAAAUGCAUUCCAUACAUUUUACUACCCGUCUCUACCCCUUCCAUUUAUAUUAGAACCCCUUUCCAUGUAAAUUAGAAAUUAGUGCCACGAAUAAUAUGCUAGAUUGCCUAUUUACAACCAGAUGAGGAUGAUGAUGGGCUCUAGCUGCAGUCUGGCUCCACUGGUCUGGUGUAGAACAGGCUCUCUGGAGGCUGUUUGUAACUGUGGUCACAAAAAUCAAUGUUCUGGGAGAACAGGAAGCAGCUCCAUUUUCUGGGGGCCCUGUACACAGCUCAAGGUCUGGGUCCCAGGGUCCACCUUCAUGUUCCACCAAUGAGUUUGUUCACAGGGGGUGGAGUGUGUAGGGGAUGUCCUGAUAUGUGUGUAAGGAAUGCAUUGUGUGAAUCUGUGUUUGUAUGUGUAAGGGCUGCAAGGUGUGUUUCUGUGUAUGUAUGGGAUGCAGUGUGUGUGUCUGUAGGGGGUGCAUUGAGUGUGUGUACGGGGUGUAUUUAGUGUGUGUAAGGAAUGCAUUGUGUGUUUCUGUGUGUGUAAGGUUUGCAUGAUUGUGCGAUUGUGUGUGUGUGUGUGAUGGAUGUCAAUCUCUCUCCCUCCCUUGUCACUCUCUUUCUCCUCCUCCCUCCCUUGUCACUCUCUUUCUCCGCCUCCCUUGUCAGAGCGCUCGGGCGGCUGCAGCAUGGGGGGGGCGGCGGAGCCUGGGGGGGAUUUCCCCAUAACCUGUCCCCCCUGCAUGAUUUGCUGGGGGGGAUGCAUCUCCCCCAUCCCCCCCGGUUCCUACGCCCAUGUCUCUUCCACUUCUCCCACGUACAGGGAAUGGGCGGGAGCAAGGAAUUGAAAUGCAAUUCAUGUCUGGGAGGGGGGCCUGGCUGAGCGGGCUGAUCUGUAUGCUGCCGGACCAGUGUUCUACCGGGUACUAGUGAGCAAUGUAAGUGCUUCCGAGCGCCCGGUAAAAUGGCUGGCAGCAUGCUCACAAUAAUCUAACUUGUCAGGGCCGGCGCCCCCCCUUAAGCAGCGCCCUAGGCGGCCGCCUAGUUUGCCUAUAGGGAGCGCUGGCUUGGCACUGUGCCUGCCUGUCUGUCAGUAUUUCUGUCAGUGUGUCAGUAUGUCUGUGUGUAUGUCUGACAGUGUAUGUGUGUUUCAGUAUGUCUGUGUGUGUCAGUAUGUCUGUCUGUCAGUGUGUCAAUGUGUGUCAGUUUGUUUGCUUGUAUGUAUGUGUGCCAGUAUGUCUGUGUGUGUGCCAGUAUGUCUGUGUGUGUGUGUGUGUGCCAGUAUUUCUGUCUGUGCAUGUGUAUGUGUGUGCCAGUAUGUCUGUGUGUAUGUGUGCCAAUAUGUCUGUCUGUGUGUGUGCCAAUAUGUUUUUCUGUCAGUAUGUCUGUCAGUGUGUCUAUGUGUGUGUCAGUAUGUCUGUCUGUGUGUCUGAGUGUGUGUGUCACUGUGCUUGUCUAUGUGUCAGUAUGCCUGUCAGUGUGUCAGUAUGUCAAUGUGUAUGUCUGUCAGUGUACGUGUGUGUCAGUAUGUCUGUCUGUCAGUGUGUCUAUGUGUGUCAGUAUGUCUCAAAGUGUGUAUGUGUGCCAAUCUGUCAGUGUGUGCCAUUAUGUCUGUGUGUGUGUGCCAGUAUGCCUGUCUUGUGUGUGUAUGUGUGUGCCAUUAUGUUUGUGUGUUUGUGUGCCAGUAUGUCUGUCUGUGUUUGUCUGUCAGUAUGUUUGUCAGUGUGUCUAUGUGUAUGUCAGUAUAUCUGUCUGUGUGUUUACCAGUAUGUCUGUCUGUUAGAAUGUCUGUCAGUGUGUCUAUGCAUGUGUCAGUAUGUCUGUCUGUGUGUUUGUGUGUCAGCAUGCUUGUCUGUGUGUAUGUGUGCCAGUAUCUCUGUGCAUGUGCCAGUAUGUUUUUCUGUACGUGUGUAUGUGUGUGCCAGUAUGUAUGUGUGUAUGUGUGCCAGUAUGUAUGUGUGCCAGUAUGCCUGUCUGUGUGUGUGCCAGUAUGUCUGUCUGUGUGUGCCACUAUGUCUGUCUGUGUGUGUGCCAGUAUGUCUGUCUGUGCUAGUGUAUGUGUGUGCCAGUAUGUCUGUGUGUAUGUGUGCCAGUAUGUCUGUCUCUGUGCGUGCCAGUAUGUCUGUCAGUGUGUCUAUGUGUAUGCCACUAUAUCUUUGUGUGUGAGUGUGUGUGUGUGCCAUUAUGUCUGUGUGUGUGUGUGUGUGUGUGCCAGUAUGUCUGUCUGUGCGUGUGUAUGUGUGUUUCAGUAUAUCUGUGUGUUUCCUAAUGUCUGUGUAUGUGUGUUUCAGUAUGUCUGUGUGUCAGUAUGUAUGUGUGUGUCUGUGUGGGUGUGUGUGUGUCAGUGUAUGUGUCUCUAUGUGUCAGAAUGUCUGUCAGUACAUGUCUGUGCAUCUGUAUUUGUCAGUUUGUGUAUCUGUAUGUUGUCAGUGCGUGUAUGUGUCAGUGUGUAUAUAUGUGUGUGUAUACGUAUAUAGUCAUUGUGUGUAUCUGUGUGUGUAUAUUUGUGUCUGUAUCUGCAUGUGUGUCAGGUUUGUAUCUGUGUGACUGUAUGUUCUGAUUGUGUGUAUUUGUGUGUCUGUAUGUGCCAGUGUGUGUACCUAUGUGUCUGUGUAUCUGCAUGUGUGUCGUUGUUUGUAUAUAUGUGUCUGUGUACCUGUCUGUCUGUCUGUCUGUGUAUCUGCAUGUGUGUCAGUGAUGGUAUAUGUUUGUCUGUGUAUCUGCAUGUGUGUCAGGUUGUGUAUCUGUAUAUGUUUCAGUGUGUAUGUAUAUCUGUAAGUUCACAUUUUGUGUAUCUAUAUGUAGUCAGUAAGUGUAUCUUUGUAUGUCCGUGUAUGUCAGUGUGUGUCUGCAUGUGUAUCAUUUUUUGUAUCUGUGUGUGUGUAUCUGCAUGUUUGUCAGGUUUUGUAUCUGUAUGUCUUUAUAUCUGCAUGUGUAUCAGUGUGUGUGUGUGUAUCAGUGUGUGUGGCAGUGCAUGUGUAUAUGUGCAUACAUCUUAGCAUUCAAACGCCAACACUACAUACAAACACACUCCUGCAUUGAAACGUUAACACUACAUACAAACACACCUCUAUGUUAAAAACACCAAAAUUUCAUAUAAACACACUCCUGUAUACACAUAAAUGCAUGCUUGCAUUUAAACGCCAACACCACAUAUGAACACACCCCUACAUUCACACAAACAUACGCCAUACAAAAACAUGCUUACAUUCAAACACACAAACACUACUCAUUGCUAAAUUCAACCCUGCAAGCAUGGGACAGUGGUGGAGCCCCAGCUGUCAAAACAUUGUAGGAGUUGUAUGACAGAUGGGAAUCUACCUUUUGGCCAUGCUUGCGAUAGCUGGGCCCAAAAGAAGCCUUGCACCAGGGCCCUUUCUAGUUUAGUUUCGCCACUACGUUGCAGUGGAGGAUGUGAUUACAUGGCAGGGAGGGGAGGAGGAAGGUGCACUAUUGGUUUUACUGAAAAUGUCAUGACUGCAUCGUUGUAAUGCCUGUUAAGUCUAAAAACAAAGAUUGACAAAAAGAGAAAGUCUGUUGGUGCUGCGGUAUUUCCAUUAUAAUAGUACUGAGCAGACCUGUGCAUGAGAAAAUUAAUUUCAACCAAAUAAUUUUUUCCAAAAAUAAAUAUUUUUGGGGAUGAGUGACUUUUGCCUAUAUGGCAGUUUGGCUCAGCAGAAUUUCAGUAAUAAUAAAAUAAAAAAUUCAGGAAAUGGGUGAGGCUGAAGAAAAUCAUCUAGCUGAGAAGCGUGCCCAACAAUGCAAUCUGACAAGUUUAUAAAUGUUUAUUAAGUACCUUUUUAAGUUUUUCUUGCUUUAUUUUAUUUUGUAUAUUUGUUUAAAAGGGAUUGCUUGCUGGUUUAAAAAGAAAUUAUUGUCAAGUGAUGCUUCUCCCCUUAAUUUCAGCACAAAGUGUAUUCUAUUAUCUCAUUGAAAUCAAUGUCUCCUUGAUGAUGGGUUUCCUUUCCGGUGUUAAUAUCCGACUCACAAUCCAUGGAAUCAUUGAUCAUUUCGUUUUUGCAGUAUGAGAAAAAUAACACUUCAAUAUAUUUGAUAAAGAUUUUUUUUUUGUUUUUUGUUUUAAUAUUUUUAAUGGUUUUCUCUGUAUGAAAAGUUUUUUGGGCAGUAUUCUAAAUGUAGAGACAUCACUACAGCAACCAACAAUUCCACUGAUUGAUUCACAUUUAGAAUUUCACAACUCAUGAUUUAUUUUCUGAGCCUUGGAUAACCAAAAAUACAGCACAAUGAAUUAAUUCCAUAGCUACUAGGUUGAAACUUUAAUUAAAAAAAUAAUUAUAUAUAUAUAUAAUUCAUUUUUUUAACAUUUCUUUCUUUAUUUAUUUAACUUGUAUACAUGCAUAUUUAGGAACAACAUUUAACUAGGCUAUUAUAUUCUAUUCUAUUUUUUUGUUAAUUACAUUUGAAAACUGGCUUCACAAAUUGAUAAGUGCACGUACAGACUUUACACAAUAUUAAGUGGAUAUAGUAAAAUGUGGCAUAAUAGUGAGAUAAAGGGUUGUUUGGCUGUUAUCAAUUAUAAAUCAGUCCACGUUGACUGUGCCCUUCUUUGGUCCUCGACAGCUGCUUGAUUCAACCUGUUAUUUAAAUCUCAGUAAGCGGAGCAUGCUCCACUGCCAUCUGCCAGUCAAACAGACAGCUAGUCUGCUCAGAAUUAGGCUCGGUGGUGAAACAAAUGUGCCGAGCCUGAAACAAACAGUGUGAAACGAUACGGACAUAAAACUAUGGCGGCAAUAAGUAAACCACUGUAUCACUGUCUCAGUGAUACAGUUAUUUGGGAAUCUGUGACAUCCUUUCAUAUUCUCCAACGGACAUCUGACUCGAAACAGAAAAUGGGUCCAGUGGGGUGCUUCUUUGUUGGUCGCUGUUACACAGGGGGCACAUUGUUAAGUGUAUUAAGUUCAUGAUUUUGCUGCACACCAUCUAGUAUGUUAACCACAUUUUUUCAAAGAGAUAUCACAUGUAAUAUUUCCAGUAGUGCUUCUCCAGAAUAUAACUUACCCCCCACCCCCCCAAUCUGGCACGUUACAUUGUAUGGCUGAAAGUUAGUCAUCCACUUGUUGGACUAUACACCAUUUAUCAAGUCUGUUUUAUAGGUGACAAAGGAAUGUUUAGUGUUGGGUAAAGCUAUACCAAAAUGAUCAGUGUUGCAGAAAUGCCUCUGCCACAUGUUCUUGGAGGGGUCUGUUUGCAAGCCUCCUGCCAAAAGACUAAGGGCCCUUUAAAAAUGUAUGUGAUUUCUGUACUCUAUAAGGAGAGACUGACCGUUGGCCCUAAUUCCUUGGAACUGUUUUGGGCAUAGGACCAUGUGCACGGGCUGUCAAAAUGAUGACUUCCAUGGAAAUCCUGAACCCCUGAACCGAUCUGGGUGAUUUUUGAAUAUGCUGGUCCUCCAGAUCAGGGCUAUCAGGGGAUAUGACUUUGUGGGGUUUCCAUGUGUUUUAGGGGUACUUUUGGGAUGUUGUUGUAUUGCAUGUUUUUCUGUGCUUGGAGAUAAUUGGAUUAGAUUAGUACAGUUCCUGAUCAAAUUAGCUCCCAGGCCUGGAUCUAAGAGCCAAUGUAAUAGUGUAUUUGUUUCUACUGUGGUUUACUCUCAGGUCCAGGGGGGAAUGCCCCUUGCAUGGGGACCUGCAUAUAAGGCCAGUUGUGGCUACUAUUAAACAAGUUCAUCUCAUGUUUGUAGGGAACCGCCAUACCAGCUAUAAUCGCCAGCUCUUGUAUACUGCUAUACCUGCUGUACUCUCUUGGAGGAGAGGCCUUCUCACUGGGAGCUGGAUCCAUGGAUCCAGGAGUUUGGUCCAGGGUAGUAAGAGACGACGAGAACCCAGCCAAGCUGUGGCGGCUACGGGGCUUCUGUACUUAUGGUGUCCGGUGCGGUGCUUAUGGUACUCGGUGACAGCUAGGAAGCAGCGAUUGGUGGAGGCACCCAGUCGGGGGGGGUCACAAUCAGGUCUUAGAGAAAAGCAAAUUCCAUUUGUCGCAUGAAUUACCCCAAUUUCGCUCUAUAAACACAGGGUGGUUCUGAUGUCCAAUAUGCACUAUCCCUUAUGAAAGGGCUAGAUAUCUUUUGGAGUCUAUGCUAUGUCUUCCCUGUGGAUGUAUGUAGAAUUUCAAGGCAACAAAUAAUGACGGAAAUGAUCAAGAAUAAUCAAAUCAAAGCAGUCCAUUAACUGCUAAUGGUUUCAUGUAUAAUGUACUAGGAGAAAAGAUUAAAUAUUGACCUCAGGAAGAUGUGGAUACUAUCUAUUACAGUGGAAGAACCAGUCUUUUAAGCACACAAACAGUUAAGGAUUAGGGCAUCUGCCAAUUCUAGUCAUGUUUGGAUACUAACUUUCAAAAUUAAGCCCUGCACUCAAACUCCCACUACUCCUGGGCAGCAGCAACGACUAUAGUACACAUCAGCCCAAAUACAUAGGAUAAAAAUGGGAAUGAUGUGUACUAUAGUUGAUGGUGCUGCCAGGCCUGGAUUGUCUAUCGGCAUGGGCCGAGGCUGGCAAGGGUAGGUCGCAGGAUCUCCCUGGCCGGUCCAUGCAGGGCCCGUGCUAACCGAGCGACGGCCCCGCUGUGUUCCAUUAAGGGUCGGUGGGUAGAUCAAAGAUCUCCCUCACUGGCUCACAUACAGUGUAUUGCGGCUGCCGGCUGGGGAGGGUGGGAGAGAGACAGGAGAGGACCCGGAGGAGCUCUAUCUUGCAGCUCCGCCAGGUUCCACUCGCGAGAUCCGGAUCGUCACAGGCUAGAGUUCACUCACCACUAGGACCACCAGGGAUGGCAGCACGUUCCCCCCUCCCAGGCUAAAGGUAAGAAGGGAGGGAGAAUACAAUGCCUGUUUUUUUUUUUAUUAUCCCCCCAACACACACAGCACAUACACACACACCAUCCUCUCUCACACACACACAGCAACCUCACAGACAUCACCCUCACACACACAUACACACACACACACAUCGCCCUCACAGAGCACCGUAACACACACACACACACGCAACCAGCACCCUCACACACAGUAACACACACAGCAGCUUCACUCACACACACAGCACCUUCACUCGCUCACACAGCAUCCUCCCACACACACACGCAGCACCCUCACACACACUCAUCACCCUCACUCACACACAUAGCACCCUCACACACACACUGCACACCUCACACACAACACCCUCUCACACACACACAGCAUCCUCACAAAUACACACUACACCCUUGACACACACUGCACACCUCACACAUACACACAGCAGCCCCCAAACACACUGCACCACUCACACACAAUACUUCCAAACAUAUAUUUUUUAUAUACUACAGAGCCCCUCACACACAUACUGCACCCCUAAACACAUUACAUUCCAGACACACACUAGAUCCCUUACCCAACUCUGGAUCAUCUACACAUCUACACACGGUGCAAGGAUUUUUUCCACUCUAGGCAAAAUAAAAAUUUGCCGCCACCCCUCCCAUGUGACAUCACAAUGCCCCACACAUAUGAUCUGCCAUAUGAACUAACAUCAGUGCUGCACACAGUGUGUAUUUACAUUAAAAGGCCUGCAGGGAAGGCUAUAGACACCAGAACCCCUUCAUUAAGCUGCAGUGGUUCUGUGACUAUAAUGUCCCUUUAAUGUGAGGUAAAUUAGAGAUUAGUGUCACUAAUAAUAUACUAGGUUGCCUACUUACAACCAGAUGAGGAUGAUGAUGGGCUUUGGCUGCAGUCUGGCUCAACUUGUCUGGUGUAGAACAGAAUCUCUGGAGGCUGUUUGUAACUGUGGGCACAAAAUUCAAUGUUCUGGGAGAACGGGAAGCAACUCCAUUUUUUAGGGCCCCUUACACAGCUCAAGGUCUGUGCUCCCAGGGCCUGACGGUGAGUAUGCCCAUAAGGCCCACCCAUUAGUCCACCCACAUGUUCCACCCAUGAGCUCGCUCACAAGGAGUAGAGUGUGUAGGGGAUGUGUUAAAUGUUAUUGUAGAGGAUCUAAUGUGUGUGCUUAUGGAAUGUAGUGUAUAGGGAUACCAGUUUGUGUAGGUGACGCAGUGUGUUUGUGUGUAGUGGAAGCAGUGUGUUUUUGUGUAAGGGGUAGAAAGCAGUGUGUGUUUGUGUAUAAGGAAUGUAUUGUGUGUUUCUGGUUGUGUGUAAGGGAUGCAUUGUGUGAAUCUGUGUUUGUAUGCAUAAGGGAUGCAAGGUGUGUUUCUGUGUAUGUAAGGGAUGCAGUGUGUGUCUGUAAGGGGGGCAUUGGAGAUGUAUUGUGUUUCUGUGUGUGUGUAAGAGAAGCAGUGUGUAUUUGCAUGUGUGUGUAAGGGAUGCAUUGUGUGUUUCUGUGUAUGUGCACAAAGGAUGCAUUGUCUUUGUGUGUAAGGGUUGCAUUGUGUGUGUGUGUAAUGGAUGCAUUGUGUGUUUUACUGUGUGUAGGGAAGCAUGUUGUGUUUCUAUAUGUGUAGAGAUGCAUUGUGUGUUUCUGUGUAUGUAUAUUGUGUGUGUGUGUAGUGUGAAAGAGCCCCCCUAGUGGUCUCUCCUUCCCCCUUUCCAUUAGUCAUCUCUCCUCUUCCCCUACCCCUCUCCAUUAGUGGUCUCUCCCCUCUUCCCCCCUUCCCAUUAGUGGUCUCACCUCCCUUCCCCCACCCUUAGUGGUCUCUCCUCUCCCCCCACCCUCUCCUAGUGGUCUCUUCUCACCUCGCCUUCCCCUAGUGGUCCCUCCUCCACCCCCUCCCUCCCUCUGUGGUCUCUGUUCUCCCCUCACCCUCCCUUAGUGGUCUCUCCUCACCCCUUGUGGUUUCUCCUCCACCACCUCUCUCCCUUAGUGGUCUAUUCCCCUCCCCCCCACGUUCUCCUCAACCCCACUGAGUGAGCACUUCCUGUCAUUCUGGCCGGGUACAGGAAACGGAUGUUCCUGUACCGCAGACCGGAGAGGAGCUCGGCCACACUACACAGGGAAGGGAAGGGGGGUGACUUACACUCACUGACUUACAAAACACACACUCACUAACAGACGCACACAAACUAACACACUCAGUAACAGACACACACAGUAACACACUCACUGACACACUCUAACACUAACACACACUCUAACACACAUACUCUAACACACACACUAACACACACACUCUAACACACACACUCUAACAUACACACUCAUACACACACACACUCUAAGACACACUCACACACACUCUAACACACACACUAACACACACACUAACACACACGCACACUCUAACACUAACACACACUAACACACACACACACUAACACACACACACACACACACACACACACACUCACACUCACACUCUAACACACACACACACUAACACACACACACACACUCUCUAACACACACACACUAACACACACACUCUAGCACACACAUCUUCAGGCUCCAGUAUCAGUGCGGUGCACGAGGGAGCUGGGGAGAGAGCACUCAGGGGAAAGUGCAACUUUAACGCACCCGCCCGCCCACCCGGUGACAGCAGGGCCAGCCUACCGGGUUGCAGGGCGGUAUGUACGCCACUGCUUGUAAGCAAACACAUACUACAUUCCCUAAACAUACACUCUCUACAACCCCUACACACACUACAUCACCUAUACACACACACACACUACAGCCCAUAUGCACACAUUCGCUACAGCCCCUAUACACACUAUGCCCCCUAUACACACACUAUCUACAGCACCUAGACACACAUACAUUACUUUACACCACAAACACAACGUGACUGAAACCGACCUAGUAACACAAAACCACACAACAAUCACCUCACUCUACACACUCAAUCCUAUAAGCAGGCUCCAAACAUUUUCACAAUACUGUUUCCUGGCAUUUUUGUCUCCUGGUAUCCCAUUUAUGGAGACACCAGAGACAAGUUUUAAGAAAACACAACGCAAUCAUGUUAUUAAAUUUGCUUGCACUGUGCAGAACAAAUACAGGCCCUUUUCACAUGCUAGAGCUCUUCAGCAGAGCUCUGCACGUGGUCUGCUCUGGAAGAGCAUUGAACCAACAUGCUCACUUUAAAAUGGGGCGUGCUUGUCAUGAGGGAUGACAAAACAUCCCUGCCCCCUUUUCAGUGGGCCGCUGUGAAAAUGCCAGGGCCAAAUGUUUUUCCCAGUCUGGCCCUGGCUGCCGCUAAAAAGUAGUUGGGUGUGCAGGGCUUAAUUUUGUAUGUUUGUAUUUGCUUUUGUAUUGCACAGCCAUGUUACAGUUCUGCCACUCAUCCCGUGUGUUUCCUAUUAAGGGUUAAUAAGUGUGUAGGGGUUUAGAAAAUACCCCUCUCUGUCACAUUAGAGAGUUUGCCUUAUAGUUGAAGACAGCACGGUGAAUUGUUAAUGUAGGACUCACUUAAGAGGUUUUGCCUUGAUGUGGCAGGUAAGCUUACACUUAAAUAGCCAUUGGAGCGAUACCAAAAACCUCCAGUUAUUUAAAUGUAAAUGGGGAUUUGGGGUCGUGCACAAGUAAGUUUUUUCUUAGAUUUUUAGCAUAUUUGAAUACUAACAAAAUCUGAACCACCUUGGAUGCCUUGAUAAACUGGACUGGCAAUUUCUGUUCUGCAACUAUGAGAGAAUGAGCAUAUUUAAAGGACCACUAUAGUGCCAGGAAAACCUACUCGUUUUCCUGGCACUAUAGUGCCCUGAGGGUGCCCCCACCCUCAGGGACCCCCUCCCGCCCGGCUCUGGAAAGGGGAAAGGGGUUAAAACUUACCUUUUUCCAGCGCUGGGCGGGGAGCUCUCCUCCUCCGAUCCUCCUCUUCUCCUCCCCGUCGGCUGAAUGCGCACGCGCGGCAAGAGCUGCGCUCGUUUUCAGCCGGUCACAUAGGAAAGCAUUCAUAAUGCUUUCCUAUGGACGCUGGCGUGCUCUCACUGUGAAAAUCACAUUGAGAAGCAUGCAAGCGCCUCAAGUGGCUGUCAAUGAGACAGCCACUAGAGGGAAUAGGGGGAAGGCUUAACCCAUUCAUAAACAUAGCAGUUUCUCUGAAACGGCUAUGUUAAUGAAAAAAUGGGUUAACCCUAGCUGGACCUGGCACCCAGACCACUUCAUUAAGCUGAAGUGGUCUGGGUGCCUUGAGUGGUCCUUUAAGAUUUUUCUGGUUUGACAGAAGCAUGCUAGGUUUAUAGCUCAGUGUUUCAUUUUUCAGGCAUAGCCCGUUACAAAUGACACCUACCCAACUGAGAUCCAUCAAAUUACUAUGAUGUCAAAAAACAGAAGCAGUUAAAAUGGAAGAUACUCUAUACCAAAAACAAAGCAUGAUUUUCUACAUAUGCUAUAAAUUACUUCUCAUAAUGAUAUUAUGUUACAACUAAUGCUUAUGGCAUACAUACAGCUUCGUGUUUGUUUGUUUGUUUGUUUUUCAUUAUUUUUAACCUAUUCUUGCCCAUUCACAGAUUCCUCAGUCGACCUGCUCCAGAGAAUGUUCGGCAGGCCAGAUUAAAAUAACAGAGGGUUUUCAUACCUGCUGCUUUGAAUGUCUGACGUGUCCAGAGGGAACUUUUGUGAAUGCUUCAGGUAGGGGUUUAAAGGGGUCACUUAAAUGUAACAAUAGUAAUAACAAACAAUCAUUGAGAAUAUUGUAGUCUAUGAACAAUGUUAGUUUAUAAAUGUAGCAUACAUAAAUACAUUUCACUAUAAUCUGAAGAUGCAUGUUGACAGAGGGCAAGGCAGUAAAUGGAUAAGUCUUCCGUCCUCUUGACCCCAAUAAAACCAGUAAGACAUUUUCAUGAAGAAACAUAUGAUAUUAUUGUACAUUUUUGCUGAGUGUUUAUUUAUAUAUAUAUAGUGAUAGUUUCCUACAUUUGGUAUUGACACAAAUAAUGUGGUAUGUGGUUGGUUCCAAAUGUAUCAGUUUAUCUUCAUACUAUUGCAAGGGUAGGCAACCUACGGCACUAGUGCCAUGCACGGCACUCAAGGUGUCUUUGCACGGCACUCAAGGCUGCUAGAGCCAAACAGGCUCUGGCCUAUCAGAAGUCCAAGUGAAACUUCAGAUAUCUGCUAAUACGAAAAGGUGGUGAAGGACAAUCCUCAAUUUAUGCAUUGCAGCACAUAGAGGAAAUUAUCUCAGAUCACUUCCUCCAGGGCACUUGUGAAUGGGAAUCCACACUGUAGUAGAGCAGCCUGCAGCUGCUGUUACUGCUCCUGUCCUUGACCUGUACCUGGCCAGCCUGGUCCCCACUGGAACCCAGGGAAGCCACCCACACUGCUAGAUAUACACAGAAAUGCAGAAUAACCCUCCCCUCAUACAAAUAAUAAGAACAGCCCACACACAAACAUACACACAAUCCGCAUAAACAUAACCAGCUAACAAUCCACAUACAUGCACACAACCCCACAUGCAGCCUCUCACAUGCAAUACUCAAAACAGCCCACACACAUGCGCACACUACCAAACACAUAAUGUGACAUAUCCACACACAAGUCCACAAGCAGCCCUCCUACACAGCCCACAUUCAUAUUUAUCAUACACGAUACCAUAAACUACUAAUGAACAUAUACAAUAUAAUGGCUCAUAUACGCACAAAUACAACGAUACAAGGCAAUUACAGUAUAAAUAACACAAGCAGAAUACGGCAACAUACACACGUCAAUUUAAAAAAAAAAAUAGGAUCGGCACGCUAUGGGACAUCACAAUCCUAGAUCAGCACAGUGCUGCUAAAAGGUUGCCUAGCCCUGUACUAUUAUAAAACAGAUAAUUCACCAGUCUAAAAUUUCUUUCUUUUUUUUUUUUAUCAGCAUUUAUGUGUAUAUAACUACAUUUAAUUUUGUAUUAUAUCUAUUUAAUUUAAAACUAUAAUGUUCUUCUAAAUGUUCUCAGGCACUUACAAUAAAAUCAAUGUUGCACUGGCAAAACCACAUUUUAAUUAAAAUUGUCUUUGCAUAUUAUCAAUAUACAUUUCAGAUUUCAUUGUGGUCAGAAUUAAUGGGUCGAUUAAUUAUUGCUAUUUUUGCUUCUACUUUUCAGAAUGUUCUCCGUGCCCUCCGGGUCAAUGGUCUAAGGCUGGAAGCAAAACCUGCCAAUCUCCGACCUUCCACUUUCUUACAUGGGGAAACUUUUAUGUUAUUGUCAUUUUUAUAUUAAUGGCAGUCAUUGUGUUUCUUAUUUUUGGAGUGGCUCUCUUGCUUUUGAAGUACCAGAACACCCCAAUUGUCUCUGUAACUGGUAGAUCCAUGAGCGGCGUUGUCAUGUUAGGUCUGGUAUGUAUUUGUCUGUCCAUCUUCUUCUAUAUUGGACAGCCAAACGAACUGAUAUGUCACCUACAACAACCGUUCCUUUCCAUAGGUUUUACUCUCUUCCUCGGACCUAUAGUGGUAAAAUCCAUUAAACUUGUGGUUUUUCCUUCCGAUAAAUCAUGCCUGCACUGGCUCCUUAACCGGGGAUGCUGGAUAAUUAUAUCUUGCUCUUUCUUAGGACAACUGUUGCUUUGUGCCUUGUAUAUCUUCUCAGCAGCACCUUUUUCCGUAGCUUCCAUAGAAGUAGAAGCUAUGGAGAUCUACCUCAGUUGUCAAUAUGAGCCUGUGCUUCAGUUUUCCUUGAUGUUUGGCUACAAUGGGCUGCUCGUCUUGGUGUCCUUCUUAUGUUCUUUUAUGGCCGAAACCCCCAUCAACCAAUAUAACUCAGCAAGAGAUAUCACAUUUGCUAUGCUGACUAUGAUUCUUGCAUGGAUUAUUUUCAUACCCACUUACGUAAGCACCCCCGCUGCUUAUAAACCUCUUAUUCAAAUGGUUUUUAUUCUAGGCAGCUGUUUGGGGAUUUUGGCAGCUCUGUUUUUCCCUAAAUGCUACAUUGUCCUCUACAAAAAGGAAUUGAACAUUAAUGAAUAUUUUGGGAUCUGUGAUGAAAAGAACAACUUUGAAAACAAUGUGAAAUAG